AUGGCGGAAUCUGAGUUGAAUGAUUCUACAACUAUCAAUUCAUCGAAUCCUUUUUUCAUUAGUUCUUCAGAUAAUCCCAAUUCCAUUCUUGUUGCUUCGGUUUUCAAUGGAACUGGAUUCAAUUCAUGGAAACGAUCAAAGAUGGUAUCGUUGUCUGCCAAUAACAAAUUACGUUUUGUUGAUGGAACAAUUCCUAAACGUCUGAUUACUUCAUCGUCUUAUUCUAAUUGGGAUCGAGCUAAUUCCAUGGUGUCAAAUGGAGCCAUGCUGUAUCAAAUUCAGCAACAACUGUAUUCAAUUUCUCAAGAUUUGGGACGAAUUACGUGUUUUCAAGAUCUACCUCCUUGUUCUUGUGCUGCUGCAACUGCAAUUCAUAAAUUUCUUGAAGAGCAACGUCUAAUUCAACUUUUGAUGGGACUGAAUGACUCAUAUAAAAUACUCAGAGGUCAAAUUCUUAUGAUGAAACCAUUGCCAACUAUUUCUACCGCUUAUUCUCUCAUUAUUCAAGAAGAACAACAACGUGGAAUUAAUAAUCUAUCGAUUAUUAACAAUGAAGCCAUUGCGAUGCUUGCUUCUUCUGAUAAUUCUUCCAAGAAACAUCUUGUCUGUUCUCACUGUAAGAAAAAUGGACACACUAAAGCUCAAUGUUAUCGAUUAAUCGGAUUUCCAUCCAAUUUCAAGUUUACUAUAACAAGGAAAGAUGAAAAUAAGUCUAUGGCUCAAAACGUUGAAGUAAUCUUUGCAUCAUCUCCUUCAAUUUCUCCUGAAGAAUAUCAACAACUCAUAGAUCUGUUCAAUUCUCACAAAUUUGGUCAAGCACCUACUCAAGCAAAUCUUUCUUUGGUCAAUGGAGCAAUGAAUGAUGAAGGUAAACAAGAUUCAUUCAUUCGUUUUGCAUUGAAUGUUCGCAAAUCUUCUUCAAUUUUACAAGAACAAUUUUCUUGGAUUAUUGAUACUGGUGCUACUGAUCAUAUGUGCUCUAACAAAGCUUUAUUUUCUUCUGUUUCUAAACUUCAUCAGCCUCAAUUCAUUGGUCUUCCUGAUGGUUUUAAUACCACUGUUGAACUCAUUGGAGAAAUUCAGUUACAUGAUUCUAUUAUUCUCAAAGGAGUGUUUUGUUUCAAAUACAACCUCAUUUCUGUGCCAAAACUUACUGCACAAAUACAAACUUUUGUUAUUUUCACUGACAAAGCUUGUAUGUUGCAGGACCCUUUAUCGAAGAAUGAACUCUCUGUUGGCAUUUUUGGCACACAAACACAGUUUUCAAAAACCAUCAAAGUCAUAAGAACGGAUAAUGCUUAUGAAAUGGGGUCUAGCACCGAGUGUAUUGAUUUUUACAAAAUUCAUGUUAACCAUGAUUUUCCAUCUAUAACAACACAUUUUGAACCCGCUUUUUAUCAUCAAGCUCAAGGUAAACCUGAAUGGGAAGAAACAAUGCAAACUGAGUUACAAGCUUUACAACAAAAUCAUACUUGGGAUAUUGUUAAAUUGCUCAAACACAAGAAACCCAUUUCCUAUAGAUGGGUAUAUAAACUCAAAUAUCGUGCUGAUGGUUCAAUUGAAAGACUUAAAGCACGCUUAGUUGCCAAAGGAUUCACACAGAAAGAGGGGAUUGACUAUCAUGAGACCUUCUCUCCGGUUGUCAAGUUUACAACAGUUCGAUGUCUCAUUGCUAUUAUUGUUAAACGAGGAUGGCCAAUUCAAGAAUUUGAUGUCAACAAUGCUUUUCUUCAUGGAGAUCUCCAUGAAGAAGUUUACAUGAAGCCUCCUCUUGGUUUUCAUGUCAAUUCUCCAUCUCAUGUAUGCAGGCUUCGCAAGUCUCUUUAUGGCUUAAAGCAAGCCUCUCGACAAUGGUACUCUAAAUUGUCUAAUGCUUUACAUACCCGUGGUUUUCAUCAUAGCAUCAAUGAUUAUUCUCUAUUUCUUAUACAAAUCCAAUCAACAAUUGUCAUUAUUGCUGUAUAUGUCGACGAUAUUCUGGUUACAGGCAAUGAUCAAGUUGAAAUUUCAAAUUUAAAAACUUAUUUGGAUGAUUUAUUCAAGAUCAAAGAUCUGGGAAGUAUUGGAUAUUUUCUUGGAUUAGAGUUCAGUGCCAUUGUUGGAGGUUUGGUUGCACAUCAACACAAAUUUAUACAUGAAUUACUUCAGUUGUAUUCUAUGCAAGAUACUACUUCUGUUUCCACUCCACUUCCACCAAAUAUUCAUCUAACUACCUCUAUGCCAAAUCUUCUCACCAAUCCUACUUCUUAUCGGCAAUUGAUUGGAAAAUUGAACUUUAUUGUUCAUACAAGACCAAAUUUAUCUUAUGCAAUACAACAUCUAAGUACACCUAUUUCUUGGAAGUCUAAGAAACAAGCUACUAUUUCUCUUUCUUACGCUGAAGCCGAGUAUAGAUCAAUGCGACGAGUGUGUGCUGAGUUAGCCUGGCUAACAAGGCUUUUCCAUGAAUUACAAAUCUCGAAUAUUACUCCAAUCCCUCUCAAAUGUGACAAUCAAGCAGCCAUUCAUAUAGCUCGCAAUCCAGUUUUUCAAGAUCAAGCUAAGCACAUCAAAAUUGACUGUCAUUAUGUUCGAGAAAAGCUACAAAAUGGAUUGAUUAAUUUGUCCCAUGUUUCUACCCAGGAUCAACAUGCUGAUGUGUUGACCAAAUCAUUAAAUGGAUCUCAACAUGCUCGAGCUGUUUCCAAUCUGCAGUUACAACCAUACCCUCCAGCUUGA